AUGGCACCGCCGCUUACAGGAGCGAAGAGACAGGCAGGAGACCGAGCAGAUGGGGAGCCGAGGCAGAAGAGAAAGCGGGUUGACGCGACACCGAACAGCACAUCGGGUGGCGGGGCUAUGAAGAGGCAUGAUAGAGGCACGGAGGGGGAUGCGAGGCCAUCUCAGAACAUCCAGGUGGACUUUUCCAGCAUGCCCACCGAGGCCCUGCACAAAUACCUCGCGCAUUACGAUCUUAUACCCAGGAUAUAUCCGUCGCCGCUGUCGCCCGAGGACCCACCGCCGCCCUCAUCCCUGCUGAACCCACACCGGCAUUCCUCACGCAUGGCGAGCCCGCCGCCACAGACGAAUCGGCGCGAACCGCAGAACAGAAGACGCAGCUCGCGGUUGCUGGAAGACGAGACGCGGCAUCGCACGCCUGUACUGGCGGACCGCGAGGAGAUCCACGACGUGCUUGCAGCGCUCGCAGAACGGCACUUCCGCGAGCAUGUCAUCACGGCAGGGGAGGCAGAGGUGACCACGCUCUCGCUGUUCAUGACCUCGGCAAAGUCGAAGGCUGAUUUCUUCUUGUGA